GACAUCCACAACGACCUGGAGGUCAGUCUGCAGUGGUUAUAGUGCCUGUGGUUGCUGCAUCCCAGUCUGCAUCCUCCGUACCUCGAUUCACAAACAGGAAACUCAGAGUGAUUGCUCCAGCAUUCCAAGAUUGCAGCCGCUGUAUGAGAAAACUGGUCUGCAAGUCAGAGGUUGGAGGUGUGGCUGAGGGGCAGAGCCAGGACAACGAUGCAUCCAAGAUGGGGCUGUGUCCCACACUCAG